UGCGCAUGUGCGAAGGUGUCCAAACUGACAAUGCUCGUGAGAUGAAGAUAGCGCUGCUGCUGCUUCUGAGCUCAAGGAGGACGCGAGGAAUCUACAAGCCGACAAGAUGAGAUCGAAGGCGAGGGCGAGAAAACUGGCCAAAAAUGACAGUGAGGCAGUAGACAGCAUGUACGACACAGAGCCUAAUCUCGUGACUGGUGAGAGCGCGGAAGAGGAGACAGAAGAUAGCAUCAUGUCGCCCAUUGCUGUGGGGCCCACAUCCCCUCAGCCCUGCAAUGAGGACUUCAAUCCUAAAGAGGGUUCACCUUACGAGGUGCCCGUCUACAUUCCUGACGAUAUUCCCAUCCCGUCUGACCUAGAGCUCCGUGAAUCAUCUGUUCCAGGGGCUGGUCUCGGGAUCUGGGCCAAAACCACAAUUCAGAUGGGUGAACGCUUUGGACCAUACAAUGGACUGCAGAGCCCUACAGUUAAAGAGACCACUUAUGGAUGGGAGCAAAUGCUGAAUGAUCAUGAAAUGUCAUCUCAAGACAGCUGUAUUAAAAAGGUAAUGGACAACAUGGGAAAUGUGAAGUUCUGUCUGGAUGAAGCACUGGAGGCCAGUGGGAGCUGGCUCAAAUAUGUGCGCACAGCCCCGUCCCACGAAGAGCACAACCUGACCAUAUGCCACAUCAGUGGAGAUCAGAUAUAUUAUAAAGCUAUUAGAGAUAUUGAAGUAGGGGAGGAGUUACUGGUUUACAUGAAGGACGGAGUUUUCCCGGAGGGCUCAAUGGCACCGAACCUGGAAGAUGAGCCGAUGUAUCGCUGUGAACACUGUGACGAGCUCUUCACCUCAAAGCUGGAGUUACGGCGGCAUCAGAAAUACUCCUGCAGUACGAGCAACUCCAUCUUUGACUCUCUAAGCGAAGACUUUAAACAGGAGCGUGAAGACAGCGAUGAGGCGGUGCACGAGUGCAAAGACUGUGAAAAGAUCUUCCCUAGCGAGUACAGUCUCGGGCAGCAUAUGAUCGUACACACAGAGGAGAGAGAAUAUAAGUGUGACCAAUGCCCCAAAGCAUUCAACUGGAAAUCCAACCUCAUUCGUCAUCAGAUGUCACAUGACAGUGGCAAGCGCUUUGAGUGUGAAAACUGUGAUAAGUUCUUCACAGACCCCAGCAACCUCCAGCGGCACAUCCGCUCCCAGCACGUCGGGGCCCGAGCCCACACCUGCCCUGAGUGUGGCAAGACCUUUGCCACCUCCUCAGGCCUCAAGCAGCACAAGCACAUACACAGCAGUGUCAAGCCUUUCAUCUGUGAGGUGUGUCACAAAUCGUAUACCCAGUUCUCUAACCUGUGCCGUCACAAACGGAUGCAUGCAGACUGCCGCACCCAAAUCAAGUGCAAAGACUGCGGACAAAUGUUCAGUACUACCUCGUCCCUCAACAAGCAUCGACGCUUUUGCGAGGGCAAGAACCAUUAUAACCCCGGAGGCAUAUUCACAUCGGGCAUACCAAUGACCUCAAGUCCCAUCUUAGGCAAGUCGAAGUCUCAUCCAGGCCUGAAUCAUGCUGGACUUGGCUUUGGCGAUUACUUCCCAUCUAGGCCCCAUCAUGCAGGGCUUCCCUUUUCCCCAGGGCCCCCAGCAUUCCCAGCCAUGUCCCACGGCUUUCCAGGGAUCUUUCCACCAUCACUAUAUCCUAGACCUCCGUUGUUACCCCCUAGUCAACUGCUAAAGAGCCCGCUUAGUAACAGUCAAGAUGGUAAGUUGCCUCCUCUUGAUGCUCCUACACUUUCUAUGGUCUCGUCCAUGAGCCACAGCAAUGGCAAUGUUGGAAGUGGCCUCAGCAGUCUGUUGGAAGAGAAUCGAGAGUCCAAACUGAACUUGUCAUUUCCAGACAAGAAUAAAGUGAAGAUGAAUGACAUGUCUGAUGGCAGUGACUUGGAAGAUGUGAACACAUCCAGUGGUACUGAUCUAGACACCACCACCGGUACGGUGUCUGGAUCCGACCUAGAAAGUGAAGCAGAGAGCGAACGAGACAAGAGCAGAAGGAAACCGGUGCAGGAGAGCAAGCAGGAUGAAGUCAGUAGCAGUUCGUUGUCGGUCUCCAGUUCAGGGAACCUCCCUUGUGAGCGCCCUUUCCUCUCCUCACAGCAUUCCUUCUUCCCACCUCCAGAAGAGCAAGCACUUCCACCCUCCGGUGCCACCACUGACUCCAUUAAAGCCAUCGCCUCCAUUGCAGAAAAAUAUUUUGGCCCACGCUUCAUGGGGUUGCAAGAGAAGAAGAUGGGCUCCUUGAACUACCAUUCCAUGUUCCCUUUCCAGUUUCUGCCCAACUUCCCACAUUCAUUGUACCCCUUCACAGACAGAGCACUCAAUCCUGGCAUGUUCUUCAAACCUGAGACAAAAUCCCCUUGUGAGCAAAUACAGAAAUUAACAUCAGCCACUGCGGAUUCACCCUUCGACCUUACCACCAAACCCAAGGAGGUCAAACCUCUUCCUCCACAUCCUAGCAAGCCAGCCUUGCCAUCCAAUGCACUGCUGGCCCCAGGCGAGGAGCAACCUCUGGACCUUAGUAUAGGGAGCCGAAGCCGAGCCAGCCAGAAUGGUGGCACACCUGAACAGCGCAAGAAUCAUGUCUACAUCACAAACUGCAAAUCAGCUAAAGACGAGCAUCCAGCACUAUCUCAGUCCCAGAACAUGCACCAACCCCAGAUGCCUCAACCACAAGCAUCCCUCCCCCAGCCACCUCCUCCCCAGCAGCAGCCAUCACUCCACUAUGCCAAGCCCUCACCAUUCUUCAUGGACCCCAUCUACAGGGUGGAGAAGAGGAAGCUAUUAGACCCAGUAGGAGCUCUAAAGGAGAAAUACCUGAGGCCGGCACCACUACUCUUCCAUCCUCAGGUGUCUGCCAUGGAAAACAUGACUGAGAAGUUGAAAAGCUUUAGUGCUCUGAAACUGAAUGCUCCCAAUUCCCACCAGCACUCCUCACACCACCUCUUUAACUUCCGCUCCCCGCCUCCUUCUCUCUCCGAUACUAUCUUACGCAAAGGCAAGGAGCGAUACACCUGCAGGUACUGUGGGAAAAUCUUUCCCAGGUCAGCUAAUCUUACAAGGCACUUACGAACACACACAGGAGAACAGCCAUACAGAUGUAAAUAUUGUGACCGAUCGUUCAGCAUCUCCUCCAACCUUCAGCGACACGUUCGUAACAUUCACAACAAGGAAAAACCUUUCAAGUGUCACCUUUGCAAUCGCUGCUUCGGCCAACAGACUAAUCUGGACCGCCACUUAAAGAAACAUGAACAUGAGAAUAUUCCAGUGAGUCAGCAGUCUGGGAUCCUCUCAAAUUUAGGAACAAAUAUUUCCUCACCAAACUCUGAGUCUGACAAUCAUGCGCUUUUGGAUGAGAAGGAGGACUCGUAUUUCUCAGAGAUCAGGAACUUCAUCUCCAACAGUGAGAUGAACCAGGCAUGCAGCUCCUCAGAGAAAAGGACGGAGCUGACAGAAGAAGAGCAUCCUCAGAGUCACACUCACACUGCCUCCAAACUGGAGGAGGAAGAAGAGGAGAUGGAGGGAGAUGAUGAAGAUGAGGAAGGCUCGUUGACAGAAAAGUCACAGGACGAGACGGCUUCUCCCACCACUAUGGUGCAGGGCACUUACGAGGACGAAGAGGAACCGACCUCUCUCCCGAUGUCUUACGAAAACACGGGCAGGUGUAUUGAGGAGGAUGCAGGCCUAUUAGAUCUGGAACCUCUGGCUGGUUUCCCCAAAAGCCUGGAAUUCCAUAAAGCUGGCGAGGAGCCCUAUGACAUUAAAGACAUUUUUAGCAGCUCGGUAGAGUCGGAGGCGCUGAAAGAAACUCUAUUCAGACAGGCUAAAACCCAGGCUUAUGCAAUGAUGCUCUCUCUGUCUGAGAACAACAAUCUGCACGCACCCUCCCAGAACUCCUUGGAUGCUUGGCUCAACAUGGGAGGAGGGUCUUCAGAAACGAGCUCCUUUCACCCCCUCAACAACAUCUGAGAACACGAACAAUGCAAAAGAGAAGUCAGAAAUGAAAGGAGAAAGAUAGAGAGGAGGAAAGAGCUUGAGAAGACCAAUGAUGCCACAGUCGAUCCACCACUAUGUGCGUAAGAAAGGAAGGGCUGUAGAGAUAGCAGACCGCACUGUUGAGAACAGACACAGGAUCCAGUCACAGAUGGGAGAUUUGUAUUCCACAGUUGAACAACAGGAAUCAAAUCAUCAAUUCCCCAGCUAAACACAUUUUCGGUCUAAAACUAGACACAAUAGUGAUGUUCUCUCCUCAGCAGCUCAAAACCAGAGGGGAUACUGCAUUUGAAUGACUCAAAAAUCACAAUCGUUUUCAAUUAUAUGCAUUCAACAGACUCUGCUCUCAAGGCUUAUAUGGUUUAUCAAACACACAAAACAUCCCCGUUCCCGUAGAAGCCCGUGCUGUGUUGGGUGGUGGACAUUUCAACAGUUUCUAUACAGCAUUUCAUCCUCAAGUUGCUCUUAUUCAAAGGUUUCCUUUAAAUGAACUCACAGCUGAAGUCUUAGGUCAUUAGAGUAAAAAUAAACAUUCAUUUUAAUGACAAUAGAAGCACUUAAGCCCAUAACUAGCAUGCUAACUUCGCCCUGAGGCUGACCGCCAUUUGAAAUGUCUAUGCUGGAAGUCACUGGGAUACGUUGUGACUUUUUUGUUUAAGCCGCACACUUUUGAGUCGUCCCUUCAACCGUAAGAGCAGCCAAUGUUCAUGCGAUAUAUCACGCAGCAUGGUUGUUCAAAGUGUAUAGCAUCAUUGUCAUUGUAAUUAUCGUCAUGGUUCGUAUUUUAGCUGUAUAAAGGCCUUUAGACCAAACUGAAAGUUUGUUUUAAAGAGUUAAAUUAUUCUCCAGUGGGGGCAAUUGGAAUAUCUUUCCUCCUUCGUAUUGAAUUAAAAAAUAUUAUACAUUAUUUGUAUGUGAUUUGCUCCUCAGUAAACAGUAUUGUUUCUUUUCAGGCACAUCUGUGCUUAAAUGUUAAUAUAAAUAUUUAGUGAAGGACCAAACUUGUACAAUAUUGUUGUAUGAUGUACAAAAUAAGUUAACAGAUCGUAGCAGAGAGUGUUGUGUGCCAAAUAACCCCCUUUUCUUUGACAAUCAUUGAGUGAUCGCCUCCACUGUUAGUAGUUUUUCCUCUGUUGUUGAUUACUUAGAUUGAUGAGUGUUUGCCUUUUAUUUAUUUUUCAUUUGUAUUUUUUGUUUGAUUUUUGGAAUAAUGAAAAAAUGAAGAAAAAAAAGUUUGACCCACUCUUUUGAAGGAAUCAAAUUACUGAAAUAUUUCAUCAUAGAGCAACAAGUUUGCCAAUAUACGUGUUUCAUUUAUCAGUACGGAAGACAUCAAAUGUGUCUAUGAAAUCUGGUUUAUGAUACAUCUGUUCAGCCAUUUAGAAAUGUAGGAAAUGUGUGUGUGUGUUUUUUUUUUUAAUGGUUGGCAUUCUUGAGUCAAAUGUUUUGAUUAAAACGUCAGGUUACUCAAAAAGAGGGGCAUUAUAUGUUGACCUUUUUACACAUGUUAUCACUCAAACAUCAUCAUAAAGACAGUGAUUCAACCAGUAGCCUAUAUCUGAUUCAAAGUGCACGUUUCAAAUGUCCCAUUUGUUUGGAAAGCGCCAUUUUCGUCAGGUGGUCAUAAACAUCACAAACAAUAAGCAUUUGCAUCAGCUACAUUUGAACUGUCACCGAAAAGACACCACAACUGAGGCCACAUCCACGCAAAUUCGUUUUGUUUGGUCUCCAACGUAGUUGUUUUCCAAAGUAUGAGGUAAUGUAGUGGAGGAAAACGCCGUUUGAGUAGCAUAACCAAUGCGUUUACGAAUUUUAGCGUGGAUGAGGCCUGAGACGGCCACUAAGGGAUCGUCGUCAAAUGGUGAGCAGCCACAUUUAACGCCCACAUGAACAGAGCUUUCAGAGACACCAGAUCCAUGAAUACACGUUUGAGUCCUCAUCCAACUUCUCUGAACUGUGAAGCCAGCGAAUGAAUCGUAAACAACUGAAUGCAUAUUAUGAAUGUGUAGAGUAGAUUUAAAAUGUAGUAUAAGGCAAACUUCCUCCGAAAGUUACCUUCUCAUGAAUGUCUUUUUGGGGACUUUUUUUGGUCAGGAAUUUAUACCUUUACUACUACUCCUCACAGCCUUCUGUUGGGAUUUUUAAAGACUUUAAACACUACCCAGAGUGCACCACAUAUUCUGGAAUCAUAGAGCCCACCUUUGUCAUACCUAACAUAUACUGCCUAUAUCAUGCUUUACAUCUGAUCUCUAAUAUUAGUACUGGUUUUAUUGUCAUUUUUGAAGCAAGGCUGGUUUUAACAAGCACUUUAUAUCAUAGGUCAAAAACUGCAAAGAAUAUUCAAGCUUUAUCAGAAGAACUUGUCAUUCAGGAACAUUAGGAAUUCUCUAUUUCUACGGCAGACACAAACCACACGAGAUGCAUUUUACUGGCCGGGAAUUUUCUGGAUCACACAGUGAAAAAACUUGGAGCACUGUAAUAUUUCAAGUGUACCACCAGGUGGCGCUCUGUAUAUUCUUACUCUAUUUCAUGCUGUAUCGUCUCACUAUGUCAUUUACUGAGAAAGAAGUCUUGUUUGAUGCAUAGAAAUGCUGGGGAUGCGAUGGAACUGGAGAGAGAUGGAGUUUGGAGAGAGUCAUGUCACAUACUACUGUACUUAGCAAGCGCUGUAGAUGGAUAAGAAAUUGACCCACGUUGUUAAAAUUAUCAUGGACAAAUGGUCAAACAAUGAACUGAGUUAUUCUUGACCCACUGUUACAUCAAAAACAAAUGUAUAAUAUCAAAAACCAUAGAUUACUUGGUUUCUUAAAAAAAAAAAAAGUGUAUAGAAUUUUAAAAGAAAAAGAAGAAGAAUGAUGACAUUGCAGAAAAAUUCACUCAAAACAUGGGUUUGGAAAUACACGGUGCUUGUUUAAUUUGGAUCUUUGGAGUUGUAUAUUGCUUCUGUUAUGUUUAUUAAAAGAUAUUGUGCAUGACUUGUGUUUUAGAGGUCAUAAUGGUGUCCAUUUGUGAAAUGUGUAUCUUAAAUUAAAAAGUAAAAAAAAAAAAAAAAAAAA